AUGAGAUGCCACAGGGUCCUCACCUACCUGCGGAUAUUUGGGACCACCAUGUUUGGCGUGUCCCUCCUGGUGGGCAUCUCUGCGGCUUACAUCAUGGGCUACCAGUUCUUCACGACAGCCAACAACCACCUAUCCUUUGGCCUGUACGGUGCCAUCCUGGUGGUCCACCUUAUCAUCCAGAGCCUCUUUGCGCUCUUGGAGCACAGGAACAUGAAGCGGUCUUUAGAGACACCCAUCAAACUGAAUAAGUCGUUGGCAUUGUGUAUAGCAGCAUAUCAAGAAGACCCAAACUACCUGAGGAAGUGUCUGGUGUCGGUGAAGAGGCUGACCUACCCGGGGAUCAAGGUCAUCAUGGUGAUCGAUGGAAACACAGAAGAUGACUUAUACAUGAUGGAGAUAUUCAAAGAGAUCAUGGGAUGGGACAAAGCAGCCACGUAUGUGUGGAGUAGCAACUAUCACCACAGAGGGCCUGAGGUGACGGACGAGAGCUACGCCGAGAGUCUUCAACAGGUCUCCAGACUGGUGCUGAACAACAAGUGCAUCUGCAUCAUGCAGAAGUGGGGAGGGAAGCGAGAGGUCAUGUAUACGGCCUUCAAAGCACUCGGGAGGAGCGUGGACUAUGUGCAGGUGUGUGACUCUGACACCAUGUUGGACCCAGCAUCAUCUGUGGAGAUGGUGAAAGUAUUAGAAGAGGACCCCAUGGUGGGAGGUGUGGGUGGAGAUGUACAGAUCCUCAACAAGUACGAGUCGUGGAUCUCCUUCCUAAGCAGUGUGCGAUACUGGAUGGCCUUCAACAUUGAGCGGGCUUGCCAGUCCUACUUUGGCUGUGUCCAGUGUAUCAGCGGUCCUUUAGGAAUGUACCGGAACUCCCUGCUUCACGAGUUCAUGGAGGACUGGUACAACCAGACCUUCAUGGGGUCCCACUGUAGUUUUGGGGAUGACCGGCAUCUCACAAACAGGGUCCUCAGCCUCGGGUAUGCGACCAAAUAUACGGCACGAUCGAAAUGCCUCACUGAGACUCCCAUUACGUACCUGCGCUGGCUCAAUCAGCAGACCCGCUGGAGUAAGUCAUACUUUCGAGAGUGGCUCUACAACUCCAUGUGGUUCCACAAACAUCAUCUGUGGAUGACUUAUGAGGCCGUGAUCACAGGGUUUUUCCCAUUUUUCCUGAUAGCUACUGCCAUACAACUCUUCUACCAAGGGAGGCUCUGGAAUAUUCUGUUGUUCCUACUCAUUGUCCAGGCAGUGGCGCUCAUCAAGUCAUCAUUCGCCAGCUGCCUCCGAGGUAACAUUGUCAUGGUGUUUAUGUCAUUUUAUUCAGUUUUGUACAUGUCAAGUCUGUUGCCAGCCAAAAUGUUUGCAAUAGCCACCAUCAAUAAGGCUGGAUGGGGGACUUCGGGGCGGAAAACAAUUGUGGUGAACUUCAUUGGCCUGGUUCCCAUAUCUGUAUGGUUCACCAUCCUCUUUUUUGGGAUUAUCUAUUCCAUAAUCCAGGAGACUCGAAAACCUUUUCCCGAGGCAGAGAAAAUCGUUUUAAUAAUAGGGGCAAUCGUGUAUGCCAGUUACUGGGUCAUGCUUCUGACCUUGUACACAGUGCUUAUAAACAAGUGUGGGAGGAGGAAAAAAGAGACACACUAUGACAUGGUGUUGGACGUAUGAUAUACACACACAGUAGUCAUCGUCAACUGAACUGAUCUGUACUUUUACUCACACCAUGCCCCCCCCCUCCAUCAUCAAAUGAAGGAAAUAAAUGUUUAUUAGGAUGGACACAAAAUGUAUGCCACUGCAAAAUAAACCACAAGUGGAAGCUGUGACAUUUAGGGAAAGCAAAGGAUAGCAACCCCAAAACCCAUGUUGUGUUCAUGCAUGUCUUCGUGAAGAUGAGUCCUUGCUUACUAUACAACAGUAUUUCCUCUAACCACAAGUCACACAGAAAGGCAGAAAAAGGCGAUAAUGUGACAGUAGGAUAGUCAUCCAAUCCAUGCAAUUUUAGAUUGUCAAUCAAUCAAUUACACAUUGGGUGUGUUUUG